UUUGCGAACCCUCGCAGUGAGACUAGCUUUUCUUUUCCCUGCAUAGUAACAAAAUACACACUGGAUAAGAUCUCAAAGAGAGAACAAGAGGCAAGCGAGUGUGGCAAUGGCGUCUACAGCAGCUAGUCUGUCUUGGAGUAGUUGUUCCUCAUGGUUUCAUAGUCAUAGCUUAGCCAAAAACAUCAAUGAAACCACACCAAUCUCAGGUAGAGGCUCAGCCAUGGUAGUGUUGGCUCAAAAGAAAGCUAAGAAAGCAAGAAAGAUCAUUCUGAAGGAGGAUGUAGCAGAUUUGGGCAAGAAAGGUGAACUUUUGGACGUCAAAGCUGGGUAUUACAGAAACUAUCUCCUGCCAAUGGGCAAGGCCCAGAUUGUCACUCCCAUUCUUCUCAAGGAAAUGCGGAUGGAAGAGGAGAGAAUAGAGGCUGAGAAAAAACGGGUAAAAGAAGAGGCACAACAACUUGCUAGAAUUUUUGAAACUGUUGGAGCUUUCAAGGUGAAGCGCAAGGGUGGGAAAGGAAAACAGAUCUUUGGAACUGUUACUGCUCAAGAUCUUGUUGACAUAAUCAAGGCACAGCUUCAGAGGGAUGUGGACAAACGAAUUGUUUCUCUUCCGGAGAUCCGGGAAACAGGUGAAUAUAUUGCGGAGUUGAAACUUCAUCCAGAAGUCGAUGCUCGAGUAAGGUUGAAUGUAUAUGCCAACUAAGGAUAGGCACCUUUUGGAGCUCCACUAUGUGGAUUAAAAAUUUUUUUAAGCGGCUCUUGUCAGAGAAGGUACACGAUCUUUUGAUAAAUGGAUUCACACUGUAGGGAAAGCAUAUUUGUACUCACAUUUGAAUUAACUGAUGAAAGGUGUUCGCUGGGUUGCUUAAUUAACAAAAUGUGUAGUUUGGGAACUUUUGGAUCAUGAUGACUCACAGUUAUUGCCACACCGUCCUUUGACUUCA